AUGUACUUUGCUCACAGGCAUGACCGGCAAGAGAUGCUGCCGCCCAUUAUGCCGUCCCAUCAUCUCCGGAGUGGUCGCUCUGUCGACAAAGCACGACGACUUCCUUCCAAAACCCCACAGGUCAGCAGCACGACGUCCCUUGGAGACACGACGGGAAGCAUUGCGAGUCUUGGAGGCUACAGCCAGGGUAGCAGCUCCCGGGACUGGGAUGACCAGCGCCACCACGCCAGGCACGGCUCCCCCAACAGGCGGGAUCCAAGCCGAGAGCGGCGGAACUCUCUCCGCGGCCGGCAGAAUUUGCCUUUGACCGCCCGUGAGCCCCGCCAUCGCAGGGGUCCAGAUCCGGAUGGGGAUUUGAUCACCACCAUCACCUUUGGAGCAGAACGGACGGAGGGCCGGACGACGGCGGAGACCCCGGAAUCCAACCUUCCAAGCUUGACCCCUCCUCCAACCGCCAAUGCUGCGGAGAAGGCGCGCUCUGAGUCCCCGGCGCUGAAGCUGAGCCCAAGGCAUUUCCUGCGCAAGGGUGCCGGCCUUGCCACACAGGAGGCUGUGGCCGCUGUGAAUCGCCAGCGCUUCGGGCGCCGGCAGCCGCAGCACGAAGAGGUCGAGGAGGUGAGCCCUCCCAGCAGACCGCCUCUGCCGCACAUCAACCAGAUCACUUCCGAGCGAACUUCUCUGCGAAGGCCAAGCAUGGGCAUCCCGACGAUCGAGCUGACCAGGCUUGGCACGGAUAGCGACGUCCUGCCGGCUCUGCAGCGCACCCCUUCCUCGAACCACUCCCCUAUGGACCGUGUGGUCUCGCACCUGUCGCAGGCACCCAGUGACAGCAUCGCUUGGCCAGACAGUGCCAGCUCAGCGGCAGAUGACCCAACCUCUCCCACACGCUUGCUCGACGCCUUCGAUGGGCUCUCUCCCAACAACGGCCACGCCACGACGAUCAACGUGUGGGUUCAGGAACCGGAACGGCGCGGGAUCUCCGCGAUGCAGUUCGAGCGCUUCUUCAACCGCUUCUGUGGUGAUGUGAUCUACGAGGAUCUGGAAGAACCGAAGCCACUGUGCCUGCCGACUACGCUCUGCCAGGCCUGCGUGCAAGCCAAUCGUGCGGACCCGGAGGUGAAGAAUCGAAGCAAGCGUCCCAGGGAGACGAACCUCUACGCUGUCACCGAGCUCAUCAUCAAGCCAGAGACUGCGAUGCUGGGCGUGUCCUAUUCUGAGCUGAUCAACCCAGAUGGCCUGCAAGUGGACUACUUCAUCUCGCACCAUUGGGCAGAAGAUUUCGGUGAGUUCGUGCAGAGCGUUUUGCGGCACGCCAUCGUCGCAGCUCCCGAGAUGGGUGGGCUCAUGGAGUGGACUUCAGUGGUUUAUUGGUGCUGCGCCUUUGCCAACAACCAGCACCGCGGCACUCUCAAAGGGGCUACAGGGUUUAGGGGGUUUAAGAAGGGGCUGGGGUGUAGAGUUUGGGAAUCCAGGUGA